UCGUGUGCAGAAUCGACUUCUUCAAGGGUGACUAGCGAGGAGGACAUUGACUGACCCGACACUGUACAUCAUCUUCGCUGGAUUUGAAAACAAGAGUUUCAACAUGGGCAACGUCCAACCAACUAUUACCCCCUAUGAGGAUUUCGACGUCGUGGCUGAUAUCAAGGCCAUUCGCAAAUCCUGCAAAGGUUUGGGGACGGAUGAGGAGGCCAUCAUUGAGAUCCUGGCCAAUCGUUCAUCAGCACAGCGCUUGGAAAUCAAGCACGCAUACUUCGAGAAGUAUGACGACGAGUUGGAGGAGGUGUUGAAGAAGGAGCUGACUGGUAGUUUUGAGAUGGCCAUCGUGGCCAUGCUAGAUCCGCCCCACAUCUACUCUGCCAAGGAGCUGAGGAAGGCCAUGAAAGGGGCGGGCACCGACGAAGCCGUUCUGGUGGAGAUCCUGUGCACCAGCACCAAUCAAGAGAUCCUGACUUGCCAGGAGGCGUAUGCCCAGGUGAACGAACGUGACCUUGUGGCUGACAUUGAGGAUGACACCAGUGGAGAUGUCAAGAACCUCCUGAUAUCUCUUCUGCAGGCUAACCGAGAUGAGGGCUUUGAGGUGGACGAGGGACUGGCCGAGCAGGAUGCGACUGCUAUGUUUGAGGCAGGAGAGGGUCGUUUUGGAACGGACGAGUCCACCUUCAGUUACAUUCUGACACACAGGAACUACCUGCAGCUUCAGGCCACCUUCAAGAUCUAUGAGCAGCUCUCUGGGACAGAGAUCCUGGAUGCCAUUGACAACGAAGCCACUGGGACCUUGAAGGAGUGUUACAUCACCCUGGUGCGGUGUGCCAAAAACCCUCAGCUCUAUUUUGCCCGUCGCCUGAACGCCGCAAUGAAAGGGGCGGGCACCGACGAAGACACGCUCAUCCGCAUCAUCGUUGGUCGCUCAGAGUUUGACCUGGAGACCAUUAAGGAGAUGUACCUGGAGAAGUAUGAUGUUCCUCUGAAAGAAGCUCUGAGCUCUGAGUGUGGAGGAGACUUCAAACGUCUCCUACUGGAGAUCCUGCACUAAGACCCCUGUUUUUCUCUCUUUCUGUUCCUCUUCUUUUCCUUUGACAGUUCCACUCCUAAAACACCUGUCUUCUUAUUCUUCUACCUCUCAUAUCCUCUUCCUCCUCUCCGGCUCUGACUGCAGCAUGGACCAAAAACCAACCACACCGUCAUGUUACUAACACAGACAAAAAAAAAUCACUAACUUCUACAUCGUUAUGAGCAGAAGACUGCCAGGUAGCCUGGGCCGUAUACUGGAUAAUGAAUUAAGUCCUAGACCUUAACCAUUAUAUUGAUAAACUAUGUUUAUUAUCACACAUUCCACAGUUAGGCUCUUCUUACAUACAGUAAACGAACCAACUUAUUAUUUUGUCAUUUUUUACUUUCCCUCUUAUUCAAAGCCACAGGAAGUAGGGGUGCUGAGGGUGCUCCAGAACCC